GUGUUCCCAGUCCAGGCAAUGAGUUCAAUUAGGAGGACCACUGCAAUGCUUAUGUAUUCCAAAGACGAUGGUGAGACGUGGAAGUUCGCAAACGGUAUCACUGCACUGGAUUGCACUGAAUCUUCUAUUGUUGAGUGGGAGGGGAAGCUCAUCAUGAACAGUCGCGUUGACAUUGGCUACCGCAAAGUCUUUGAGUCCACAGACCUGGGGGAGACAUGGACAGAGGCUAUUGGUACACUCUCC